AUGAAGCUAUUUGUAUUCGCGGUUGCUCUCGCAAUCCUUCAAGCCGUUGCCGCGCACACUGUCUUUACGACUCUGUUCAUGAACGAUGUCGACCAAGGUGAUGGCACCUGUGUUCGUAUGCCCAUGACUCCGUCCAACGCUACAUUCCCUGUCAACGAUCUUGAGAGCAGCGCCAUGGCUUGUGGAUAUGAUGGUACUGCUGGCGUCCCCCGCGUUUGCUCUGCCAAUCGAGCAUCUCAAUUGACCUUUCAGUUUCGAGAGUAUGCUGAUAACUCUUACCCCGGAGCGCUUGACCCUUCUCACAAAGGCCCUUGCGCCGUCUACAUGAAGUCUGUCCAGUCAGCAAUCGACGACCCGGCUGUUGGAGCUGGCUGGUUCAAGAUCUGGGACGAGGGCUACGAUUCAAAGUCUUCCAAGUGGUGCACUGAGAAGCUCAUCGCCAACGACGGUUACCUCUCGGUCGAUAUCCCUGAUGACUUGGCUGGUGGAUACUAUCUCGUUCGACCGGAACUACUUGCUCUUCACCAGGCCGACAAGACGCCCCCGAAUCCGCAGUUCUAUGUUGGGUGUGCCCAGAUCUUCCUCAACUCGACAGGAGCCGCGCACCCGGCCCAGACGGUCAGCAUUCCCGGAUAUGUCAAUAUCAACGACCCGUCGGUUCUCUUCAAUAUCUACACCCCGAAAUGGCCAUAUCCAAUGCCCGGUCCAACACCAUAUGUUGGUGGCUCCUCGCCCGCAAUCAAGAUCAAAGCUGCGCUGCGACCCCAAACUCAAUCCGAAGGUCUUCUCCCAGGUAAUGCCAUCUUGACGAAUGCCAACUGGUGGGGCGUUGAAUUAGACCCUUACACAACCGCAACCGGUUGCUGGAACGCAAGCGCAGCAUGUUACGCGCAAUGCAAGACCUGCUAUGACACGGCACCACCCACCGGCUCUCAAAACUGCCGCAUCUGGGAAGCCAAAUGUGACGGGAUCCAAAACGCCUGCAGCGCUGGUAACCUCACCGGCCCGCCUCUCACACGCACGGAGCUCGUCCUUCCCCUGCCCACCAUCAUCUACAGCACCGAACACACCACGCUCCCGGAGCCCGAGCCUACUCACCUCACUACCGGCACCGUGUCCGAUAACCCCGCUACCUCCUUUUCUCAGAUCAUCGUAUCCAUGCCCACCACCACCACCUCCUCCGCUAAGCUACCCAUGCCAACGCAAAUGUCGCGAGAUGGAAAGUGUGGACUGCUGGCUGAGGGCACUUGGACUUGUCUGGGAAGCUUCUUCGGUGAUUGCUGCUCUGCUCAUGGCUGGUGUGGCCUCAACGAUCUCUAUUGUGGUAUGGGCUGCCAGUCUCGAUUUGGAAGCUGUGCAAAUGUGAUCCCGAGCCACAAGUUGAAGCAUCGACAUCAACAUAGGCACGGACAUCUGCAUCAUCACCAGCUGUGA